AUGGAAGAAGCUAACGACAAUUCAAGAAUAAAAGAAGAAAACGUUGCUCCUCCAUCAGUAAAGUUGGAGUCAUUUGAGAGUUUUCCAAACUACGCGAGAGCACUCUUGUACACUCCAUGUCGAUUACUGGACCGGGUUACAGCCCGGUCCAGCGACGAAAUAGAGUUGGUGGAUAUAAAGAAACGAAGUCAACAUGAAAUGAAGAAAACACUAACAUGGUGGGAUCUGAUAUGGUUUGGCAUGGGGAGUGUGAUUGGCUCAGGCAUAUUUGUGCUAACAGGACUUGAGGUUAAGAACACUGUGGGACCUGCUGUGGUUAUAUCAUAUCUUGUUUCUGGAAUUUCUGCUAUGUUGUCUGUUUUUUGUUACACUGAAUUUGCUGUUGAAAUUCCUGUUGCUGGUGGUUCCUUUGCUUACUUAAGAGUUGAGCUUGGUGAGUUUGUGGCAUUCAUAGCAUCUGGAAACAUUAUUCUUGAAUAUGUAAUCGGCGGCGCUGCAGUCUCGCGCUCAUGGACAUCCUAUUUUGCAACACUUUGCAAUCAAAGAUCAGACAAAUUUGUCAUCGUAGCGCAUUCCCUUGUACACGACUACAACAAGCUUGACCCUAUUGCUGUUUUUGUUCUAGCAGUUACUUUCUCCUUUGCUGUUUUCAGCACGAAGGGUUCAUCGCGUUUAAACUACAUUGCAUCGAUAAUACAUGUCAUUGUCCUAAUGUUCAUCAUAGUUGCUGGUUUAUCAAAAGCCGAUGCUAAAAAUUUUUCUGAUUUCACACAUUAUGGUGUUAGAGGAGUCUUCAGUUCCGCCGCUGUUUUGUUUUUCGCUUAUGUUGGAUUCGACGCCGUUUCCACAAUGGCCGAGGAAACGAAGAAUCCCGGAAAAGAUAUACCUAUUGGUCUAAUAGGAUCAAUGACACUUACAACAUUUAUUUAUUGCAUGAUGGGUGUGACACUUUGUUUGAUGCAAAAAUAUUCGGAUGUUGAUGAAAAUGCUGCUUAUUCGGUUGCAUUCGAAGCCGUUGGAAUGAAAUGGGCUAAGUACGUUGUUGCAUUUGGUGCAUUAAAAGGAAUGACUAGUGUUCUACUUGUUGGUGCUGUUGGUCAAGCAAGGUAUCUCACACACAUUGCAAGAACAAAUUUGUUACCUUCAUGGCUUGCAAAAGUGAAUGAAAAAACCAAGACACCAGUUAAUGCCACUAUUGUUAUGUUUAUUGCAACUGGUAUUGUUGCAUUUUUCACAAGUCUUGAUGUUCUUGCUAAUUUACUUUCAAUUUCAACUUUGUUCCUUUUUUCACUUGUGGCAUUGGCCCUUUUGGUUAGAAGGUAUUGUGUUAGAGGUGUUACUUCUAGGUUUGAUGUCAUGAAAUUUCUUGGAUUCCUAUUUCUCAUUCUAGCCGCUUCGAUUGGAUGUUCGAUUUAUUGGUCUCAAACCACCACAGGGUGGAUUGGUUACACUAUAUUAGUACCUAUUUGGUUUGUCGGGACAUUCGGCAUCUGGUUUUUUGUUCCUCUUGCAAAGAAACCCAAGAUUUGGGGUGUACCGCUUGUUCCGUUUUUGCCGUCCGCAUCCAUUGGCAUCAAUAUUUUCCUUCUUGGAACAUUGGAUAAGGCUUCAUUCAAGAGAUUUGGUAUUUGGACUGCAAUUUUGGUGGUAUAUUACUUGCUUGUAGGUGUACAUGCAUCUUAUGACAUAGCAAAGGCACAAAAGGAGAAGGAAACACUAGAGACUAAGAUUGAGUCAAAGACGGAUGAAGAAAAUGGUGUUUCCGGAAAUGAAAAUCAUACAUAG